UAUUGUGCGCUUUGUCUUCUCGUCGCUUCGUCAUCGAAUCCUCAGCAAAAUUUCACAGACAAUAAAGAGAAAAAUAAUAAUUUGACAGUACGAUAUGAGAUAGACGCGAAUCCUACGACAAACUAUGGCAACAAAAUGAAAACGCUGCCAUAUGAUUUGUACAAAAAGUCUACCAAUAAUACGCAAUAUGAAGAUAUGCAAUAUGAAUCUCGCAUCAUUUCCAGCAACGAUCGCGAAGAUGAUGAUUCGAUACAGUUCAAACUCGAUACGCACUCCAUACAAAAUCAUGAAGGUGAUAAACAAAUUCGGAUGGAAUCUAGCACGAAUUCAACAAAUGGCAACCAUAAAAGAAAUUUUACGACACAGGAAAUUUAUGAAAACUUGAUGAGAAUUGAAGAGAAAAAUGAUUCUACAUCGUACGAGUUCUCAGGAAAUUUCAGUAAAGAUAGCAAUAUAAAAAUCGUCGUUUCAUACGAAAUGUGCUUCAAUAUUACUUGCAUUCAGCUAUGCUGUCCUCUCGGCGAUCGUCUGGUUGAUAAUGAAUGCCUCUCUGAAGGAAAUAAAUACUUCUUCCCGAACGUGUACGGAUACACGAACGAUUCGUUGCAAAGCGAAAAUAAGACGGUGAAUGAAUUGUUUCAGCUUGUCGUCUACGAUCCGUGCCAGAAUAAAGACCGGUUUUCCGAUGAUUAUCAGUAUGAUUUCAUGUUCUUUGCCAAUGGUUCUCUCUAUUUACCUUAUUAUAAAAUAUUUGUCAAAUCGACAUCAUAUUGUCUUGCCAUCGUGGAUGGGGAUAAGUACGAAGCGAUUAUCUGCUCAGAGACUUGUGACAAUAUCUUUAUUACGACAACCGAUAAUGACAUUUCGUCGAUUGAAGACGAUGACAUGUAUGAUUUUGACGAUGAUGAAGACGAUGUCAAUGAUCUCGAUGAUAUCAUAAAUAUAAGUUUUCGUAUAAUGUCUAUGUCAUUUUUGGUGCCAAUAUUUCUGAUAUAUUCCAUAUUGCCAGAGCUACGAAACGUACACGGCUUCUUAUUGCGCAAUUACAGCGGUGCAUUGUUUGUCACAAAUACAAUUUAUAUUGUGAAUAUUCUAAUAAUUGGUGAAGCGGAUGCUGUACAUUAUACAGUCUGUAUUACAGUCGCUUUUUUUAGCUAUUUUUGUUAUUUGGCAAGCUUGUUCUGGCUAAGUAUAAUGAGUUUCGACAUGUGGUGGACAUUUAGGAGAUUCUGUUCCUUACAAAGAAACGUAAGACAACGAGAAAAAAGAAAGUUGGUGUUUUAUACGAUUUAUGCGUGGGGUUUACCCUUCAUUUUCGCUAUUAUCAGUGUCAUUCUGGAUUCUGUUUCCGAAUAUUUGCCGGAGAUUUUGCGACCGGGAUUUCGCGAAGGAAAUUGCUGGUUCGCUGAGAAUAAAUCGUUGACGUUGUAUUUUUACGGCUUCAAAAGUAUUUGCAUCAUUAGUAGCAUUUUCUUAUCCAUUUCUACGGCAUUGAAGAUCGCACGCUACGAAAAAGAAACAGGCAAUCUUUUGACUUUGGAAAGCAGGAGAUAUAAUGACAAUAAGAAAUGGUUCAAUCUGAAACUAUUUAUCCUGCUGUUUAUCAUAAUGGGAAUACAAUGGUUCAUGACGACAGCGUACUUAUUGAUUGAAAAUAUAUCGUUGUUGUAUUUUCUCAUAUAUGCUAUGAAUUUGGCGGACAUAAUGCAGAAUCUCUGCACCUUUAUUAUAUUUGUGUGGAAAAAGAAUAUUAAGCGGAUGUUAUUGAAGCGAUUCGGCGGCGGUUUGUUCCCAGAAGAUUGAAGCGCAACAAAUGCAACAUUGUCGAGUAUUUCGACGUGCACCAUUAUGUCAAAAAAAAUGUCUAUGCAGAAAAAGAUAAAUUAUGCGAACAAAAAAUAUGUCACAAGAAAGAUUCGUUCGGUGGGAUUGAACUUUAAUGUUACAAUGUGCAAAAAAAGUUUUAUCGCGGAACCAAAUCACCACACACGCACGCACAUGAACACGCAAUCUCCUGUGUUGAGAACAAAUAACCCAUUAAAUCGCAGAUCAUUUUACCAAUAUCAGAAGUCUGAAUUUUCGGCACAAUAUAUUCCGGAAUAUUGA